AUGAGUUCUCAGAAGCCGGCGUUGGCGGAGUUCACGGGGUGUUUGGCGCUGCUGCUGCUGUCGGGGCUGCUGCCCCUUUUAAAGGUGCAGUAUUUGGAUUUUCCGGCGUCUUUGUCCCUGAGUUACGGGCUGCUGCUGCUGGGAAUGCGCGAGGUGGAGGCGCGGACGCUGAACCCGGCGCUGGCGCUUGCGGACAUAUUCCGGGGUCACCUGGAGCUCGGCGCGGGCCUCCUGGUGAUCCUGGCGCAGUUCGCCGGCGCCGCGGCAGGAGCUUUCUUGCUUUCCGCGUUUUGCAGCCCCUCGGAGGCCUUUCCGGCGGCGGCGGGCGCCGCGCCCGCGGGCCAGCUGCUGGCCGUGCAGCUGGUCUGCGGCGCCGCGCUGGCCUUCGCGCACCUCCGCGGCGCAGCCAGCAGCAGCAAGUUCGGGGGCCCCUGGCUGGGGGCCCUCAUGUACGGGAGCUUCGCAGUGGGGGGCGAAGCCACGGCCUUUCUGAACCCCGCAGUGGCCCUGGGCGUGAACGUCGCGCGGGGGGUCUCGGGGGGCCCCACGGACGAGGCCCUGUUGGCCGUGGUGGUGUUGGGGCCCCUGCUGGCUGCGGGCCUCUCCUUCGUGCUGGAGAAGGCCUCGGAGCGGAGUCUGCAGCUGUCGGAGCUGGUGGGCACUUUCUUCCUCAGCUUCGGCAUUCUUGCUGCUGCAGCAAAGGGGGGCCCCGCUGCUGCAGUUGGCCUCGCCUUCUUCGCUGCUGCUGUUGUCCGCAUGAUUGCGCCCCUCUCCGGGGGCUCCCUCAACCCCGCAGUCUCGGGGGGGGCCCUUCUGAGCGAGGGCCGCAGCAUAUCUCGCGAGGUGGCCACAGUGUGGCUGUUUCAGGUGUGCGGCGCGCUGGCUGCUGCGCUGCUGCUGCUCCACGUCGGCAGCAGCAGCAGCAGCAGCGGCGCUGCAGCGCUCGCCUCCGGCGACUGGAAGGCCCUCGCCUUCUGCGCAGCACUCAGCGCACUCCUCAUGAUCUCUUAUUGCACAAACUGGGGCGACUUCUUCGGCUCUCCGGCCGCGGCCGUGGUGGGCGCGGUGUACGGACUCUCCAUUGCUGCGGACGCGGCUGCAGUGCCCGUCAACCCCGCCACUUCUCUCGGAGCUGCUUUCGCCGCUUUUUUCAAAACGGGAACUUUCCCAGACCCCCUCGCGACGUUUGCUGCUGUGUUUGUGCCGGUGAUCGGCUGCAUGGCGGGCGCCGUGCUGCUGCGCGCGAUGCCUUCGGAGUACCGGAGGCGGCUCUAG